UCCUAAGAGUUGCUUAACACCAACUGAUAGCCAACAUCAAACAAACCUACCUUGAAGGAUGGCCGCAACACAGAUUCGGGGCUCACCCACCGAUGCUGCAUUUCCCCUAUUCGCGAAACUUCCAGCAGAGUUACGCCUCCGCAUCUUCCACCACGCUCUCGAAUGUGCAACCAGGACGCGGGUAAUCCGCGUUGCCGUCUAUUCACGACUAUUCAAAACUGUUGAACGUAGCCCACAGCCGCGGGUCCCGCGGUUGUGGCCUCAGGCAGCCAGGGCCCUUACGGCCCGGAAUAGCGUCGCCUAGCUAGCCUAGUCAACUCAACCCAAUACAUAUCGUUGACCUCACAACAAAAAC